AUGGCGACCGGAAUCAACGAGCUCGUCAAGCUCACCUCCGACCUCUCCCUCGACAACAUCCGCGACAAAUUCCCGAUUUGCUACCCCGAGACAAACCCCGUCGAUGUUUACAGGGCACACUUGACGAAUGUGCUCGAGAAGAUCACGGGCGUCGAUCCAAAGAUCAUCUACAACGCGAUACAGUGGACCCAAGGUCUGGACAAGGGCGACCUGAUUGUCGCGGCGCCUGCCCUCCGGGUCAAGGGCAAGAAGCCAGAUGAGCUCGUAAAGGAGUGGGAGGAGAAGUUCCCUGCAGACGAUCCCCUGGUCGAAAAGCCAGUCAUCACAGGAUACUUCAUGUCCUUCUUCUUCAAGCCCCAGCCCCUCGCCAAAGCUGUCGUGCCAAUGAUCCGGUCCCUCGGAAAGGACUUCGGCAAGAACCCAGCACAGGGCCUGCGGGACCCCAAGAACCCAAAAGACCGGAAGCGCAUUAUUGUCGAAUUCUCCUCGCCCAACAUUGCGAAGCCAUUCCAUGCUGGCCACCUGCGGAGUACAAUCAUCGGAGGCUUCAUAGCCAACUUGUACGAGGGCGCGGGCUGGGAUCGAUACGGUGAUGAGGAGGCGUUGAACAAGGACCCCAUCAACCACCUGUUCAACAUCUACGUCAAGAUCAACCAGGAGAUCAAGGAAGAGGACGAUCGGAUUAAGGAGUUGAAGGCGGCAGGCAAAGAGGACGAGGCGGCGGAGCUCCAGAAGAGCAGCUCGGACGAGCAAGCCCGUCAAUAUUUCAAGAAGAUGGUAGAGGGAGAUGAGGCGGCAUUGGCACAAUGGCGACGGUUCCGAGACCUGAGCAUUGUACGAUAUCAGAAGACUUAUGCCCGGCUCAACAUUCAUUACGACAGCUAUUCAGGCGAGAGUCAGGUAUCCGAGGCAGCAAUGGAGGAAGCCGCGAAGCGAUUGGAGGAGAUGGGGAUCUCAACAGAGUCGGACGGCGCCAAGAUUGUGGACUUUGCUGCCCUGAUUCCAGGCAAGGAGGGCAAGCGCCUUGAACGUCCUAUCAUCCGGAAGAGGGACGGCACGGCGCUGUACUUGACUCGGGACAUCAGCGAGCUUCUUGGCCGACACGAGAAGUACAAGUUUGACCAGAUGAUCUAUGUUGCCGCCUCGCAACAAGAUCUGCACUUCAAGCAGCUCUUCAAGAUCACGGAGCUCAGUGGCCACAAGGAAAUUGCGGCCAAGUGCCAACACAUCAACUUUGGCAUGGUUCUGGGAAUGAGUACCCGCAAGGGAACGGUAAAGUUCCUGGAUGACAUCCUCCGGGAUGUUGGCGACAAAAUGCACGAAGUCAUGAAGAAGAACGACGACAAGUAUUCUCAAGUCGCGAACCCCGAAGCUACAGCCGAUACGCUCGGUAUCAGCAGUGUGAUGAUCCAGGAUAUGACUGGCAAGAGGAUCAACAACUACACUUUCAACAUGGAAACCAUGACAUCCUUCGAGGGUGACACGGGUCCAUAUCUCCAAUACGCCCAUGCUCGUCUCUGCUCCAUCGAGCGAAAGGCCGCCAUCCCCGCCGAGGAGCUCGAGAAGGCGGACCUUUCUCUGCUCACAGAGACCCACGCCAUCAACCUGGUCCGGGUGUUGAGUCAAUGGCCGGACGCGGUCCAGAACACACUGAAGACGUUGGAGCCGACGACAGUUGUCAUCUACCUCUUCAAGCUGACUCACGUGCUCAGCUCCUCGUACGACCACCUCAAGAUCGUGGGAAGUGAGCCAGAGUUGCAGAAGGCUCGCAUGGCUCUGUACGAUGCCGCCCGACAUGUCAUUGCCAACGGCAUGCGUCUGCUGGGUCUUACCCCGGUGGAGCGGAUGUAG